AAAAACAUUUUAUUAGUUUCUUUCCAGAUUUGGAAGAAAACGCGCUCUUACAGAUUUCGGGAAUCUUCGUCUCCGAUCGGUGGUUUUUCAAUUCGAAAUUUCUGGUUUCGGUUUCGGUGCCAAUGAAGGAUGGCGAUGCUAUACCCAUAAGCACAGCCGCGACGACGGCGAACGCGAAGAAGGACGCCGGAGAUUCGGCGUUGUUCGGGAAAGGCCGGUACAAGUUUUGGGCCUUGGCCGCGAUUCUGCUGCUCGCCUUCUGGUCAAUGUUCACCGGCACCGUGACACUCCGGUGGUCCGCUGGGAACCUCAAUCGCUUCACCGACGAUCUCGACUCUCCGAUCCAUGAGGAUCUCGAUGUUCUGGAAAUGGAGGAGAGGGAGAAGGUGGUGAAGCACAUGUGGGAUGUGUACAAUAAUGGCCGAAGGAUUAGAUUGCCGAGGUUUUGGCAGGAGGCCUUUGAGGCUGCUUAUGAAGAGCUCACGAGUGAUGUCCCUGGUGUCAAAGAGGCCGCCAUCGCGGAGAUCGCCAGGAUGUCCAUUCGCUCCGUUGUCAUAGAUCCGCCUCCGGUUCAUUCUACGAAUGUACGAGAAUUGGCGAAGACUCUGAGACUUGCGGACAAAGGCAGAACGGUCCAAAGCUUUAAACCAAGCAGCCGCCGCCUCAAAAUCUUUUGAUCCCCAUUUUCUUUGCCCGAGUUUGUCGAAGGUAGCAUUUCCUCCGAGGGAAAACGUACUUACACUCUAUGUCAAGAGAUCAAUCAACGCUUUAUAAAAAUGUCCAUGAUUAGUGUUGUUUUUUUCUCCCACUAGGGGCCUUAUAGAUCAUCUUUCUAGGAACCUGGAAGACAAAAAAUGUCCAUGGUUACUUUCAUUUUUUUUUUCCUUCUUGUUUUCAUAUUCUUUUUUUCUAUAUGAAUGACUAAAAAAGGCAGAGUGAGUGAUCGUGGUUUAAGUUCCUU